AGCUUUGCCAAGAGGGCAACUAAAGUUGUAGCUUAUUGGCACGACACUCUCUAUUGUUAUCGAUAGUCAUAUGUGGCCCAAGCUGCAAGCCCAUCUCUAGUCUAGACCAACCACCUCAAUCUUUCAUGAAAAUUAUUUUGAAUAUGAACAUACGGUUGUAAAAAACAUGUUGCGCCAGUAAAACUAAAACUAAAUAAGAAAAGUUCAGUUAGGAAAGAUUUGCCAAGCGUGUUGACAGCAUGGAGGAAAGUGACGAGCAAGUGUUCAGCUGUAUUGACGAGGCAAAUGCCAUUAUAAACGACGUUAAGGCGCAUGUGGCUGAAAUUGCCAUUUCUUCCAAGCUGGCCAGCAGUGCCACGCAGAUCUAUCUGAACAUUCGGACCAUAGAGAGCGCCACCUGCUGUGUGCAGGUGACAAGUCGGGGCUUCAAGAUUGUUUCCUCGCAGUACGACACCAUUGAUGAAGGCAAGGCACAACCAGUUGCGUCUGUCGAGAAUAGUGAGACGGAAGCUGCGGAGGAGGAGGAGAUAUUUGAAACCCCAUAUGCAUUGUUGGACAAAAUCAGUCCACGCUAUGUGGAGUCGUUUGGCAAUAAGCUCUGCCAGCAGUUGCGUCAACUGCAGCAAAUGCGAACUGAAUUCCAUGAAGAAGACGAGGAGGAGGAGUAAGAGUAUAAUAACUGAACAAGGGGUGCCCCGACGAGCAACUACAACCUGAGGCUGUACUCAUUAAACACAAGAUUUUAAUGUUAGUUUAUUUAUGUAUUUGUAUGUACUUGUGACCACAAAAGUAUUUCGGAUCGCGUAGCAACCCAAAAUCGAACCACU